UCUCCCCAACUUCCCGUUCAGCUCAGUCUCCGAGGGUGCGCCAGGGCAGACACCCGGAGGAGUGGGGAGUGGCAGGGCGGGGCCGGGAGAAUGCUGCCCCAGAACCCAUAAAUCUGGGCCCUGCCCAGGUAGGCUGGGACAGUUGGGGUGGCCUGGGCCAAGAGCCAAGGAAAGAGACCCCAUCUGGCAGCCCAAUUUGGCGGCAACAGGUGGCCCGGCGCCCGGGGGUCUAGGAGGGAAGUCGCUCUAGGGGCGGGCCCCGCUGCUCCGCCGCGUUCCCAUUGGCCGUCAGUUUAAGGAAACUGUGACUCUGAAUCCGUGUCCUUCCGCCGCAAAAUUUAGUCCCCCCGAAAGGGCAACCUGCCCGCGCGUUCCGCCGCCGCCACCGCGCUUCUUCCUGAAGGACCUCAGCAGCCAUGUCGAAGCCCCAUAGUGAAGCCGGGACUGCCUUCAUUCAGACCCAGCAGCUGCAUGCAGCCAUGGCUGACACAUUCCUGGAGCACAUGUGCCGCCUGGACAUUGACUCACCACCCAUCACAGCCCGGAACACUGGCAUCAUCUGUACCAUUGGCCCAGCUUCCCGAUCAGUGGAGACGUUGAAGGAGAUGAUUAAGUCUGGAAUGAAUGUGGCUCGUCUGAACUUCUCUCAUGGAACUCAUGAGUACCACGCGGAGACCAUCAAGAAUGUGCGCACAGCCACAGAAAGCUUUGCUUCUGACCCCAUCCUCUACCGGCCCGUUGCUGUGGCUCUGGACACUAAAGGACCUGAGAUCCGAACUGGGCUCAUCAAGGGGAGCGGCACUGCAGAGGUGGAGCUGAAGAAGGGAGCCACUCUCAAAAUCACGCUGGAUAACGCCUACAUGGAAAAGUGUGACGAGAACAUCCUAUGGCUGGACUACAAGAACAUCUGCAAGGUGGUAGAAGUGGGCAGCAAGAUCUACGUGGAUGAUGGGCUUAUUUCUCUUCAGGUGAAGCAGAAAGGUGCUGACUUCCUGGUGACGGAGGUGGAAAAUGGUGGCUCCUUGGGCAGCAAGAAGGGUGUGAACCUUCCUGGGGCUGCUGUGGACCUGCCUGCUGUGUCGGAAAAGGACAUCCAGGAUCUGAAGUUUGGGGUCGAGCAGGAUGUCGAUAUGGUGUUUGCGUCGUUCAUCCGCAAGGCAGCUGAUGUCCAUGAAGUUAGGAAGGUCCUGGGAGAGAAGGGAAAGAACAUCAAGAUAAUCAGCAAAAUCGAGAAUCAUGAAGGGGUUCGGAGGUUUGAUGAAAUCCUGGAGGCCAGUGAUGGGAUCAUGGUGGCUCGUGGUGAUCUAGGCAUUGAGAUUCCUGCGGAGAAGGUCUUCCUUGCUCAGAAGAUGAUGAUUGGGCGGUGCAACCGAGCUGGGAAGCCUGUCAUCUGUGCUACUCAGAUGCUGGAGAGCAUGAUCAAGAAGCCCCGCCCCACCCGGGCUGAAGGCAGUGAUGUGGCCAAUGCAGUUUUGGAUGGAGCCGACUGCAUCAUGCUGUCUGGAGAAACAGCCAAAGGGGACUAUCCUCUGGAGGCUGUGCGCAUGCAGCACCUGAUUGCCCGUGAGGCAGAGGCCGCCAUCUACCACUUGCAAUUAUUUGAGGAACUCCGCCGCCUGGCGCCCAUUACCAGCGACCCCACAGAAGCCACCGCCGUGGGUGCCGUGGAGGCCUCCUUCAAGUGCUGCAGUGGGGCCAUAAUCGUCCUCACCAAGUCUGGCAGGUCUGCUCAUCAGGUGGCCAGAUACCGCCCACGUGCCCCCAUCAUUGCUGUGACCCGGAAUCCCCAGACAGCUCGUCAGGCCCACCUGUACCGUGGCAUCUUCCCUGUGCUGUGCAAGGACCCAGUCCAGGAGGCCUGGGCUGAGGACGUGGACCUCCGGGUGAACUUUGCCAUGAAUGUUGGCAAGGCCCGAGGCUUCUUCAAGAAGGGAGAUGUGGUCAUUGUGCUGACUGGAUGGCGCCCUGGCUCCGGCUUCACCAACACCAUGCGUGUUGUUCCUGUGCCGUGAUGAACCUGAGAGCCCCUCCUCCAGCCCCUGUCCCACCCCCUUCCCCCAACCCAUCCAUUAGGCCAGCAAUGCUUAUAGAACUCACUCUGGGCUGUAAUGUGGCACUGGUGGGCUGGGACACCAGGGAAGAAGAUUAGUGCCUCGCUGAAACAUGGCUGUGUUUGCAGCCUGCUCUAGUGGGACAGCCCAGAGCCUGGCUGCCCAUCAUGUGGCCCCACCCAAUCAAGGGAAGAAGGAGGAAUGCUGGACUGGAGGCCCCUGGAGCCACAUGGCAAGAGGGUGACAGCUUCCUUUCCUGUGUAUACUCUGUCCAGUUCCUUGAGAAAAAGUGGAUGCCCAGAGGACUCCCAACCCUGGUCUGGGGUCAGGAAACAGCUAGAGAGUUAGGGGCCUUAGGGCACCGGGCUGUUGUUCCAUUGAAGCUGACUCUGGCCCUGGCCCUUACUUGCUUCCCCAGCCCCCUGGGCCUCCCCAGUUCGCACCUGUCCCCGCCCUCCACUCAGCUGUCCUGUCCUCCACUCAGCUGUCCUGCAGCAAACACUCCACCCUCCACCUUCAAUUUUCCCCCACUACUGCAGCACCUCUAGGCCUGUUUCUAUAGAGCCUACCUGUAUGUCAAUAAACAACAGCUGAAGCACC